AUGCCCUUCUUCCGCAUUACCCUCCUCCGCUCGGCCAUUGGACUCCCCCGCCGCUCAACAGAUGUCCUCAAAGCCCUUGGUUUGAAAAAGCGUAUGGCGACCGUUUUCCACCCCGUCUCGCCCUCCGUCGCGGGUCAGGUCAUGAAAGUCAAAGAGCUUGUUGCGGUUGAAGAAUGCGAAUUCAGCCUUACGAAGCAGGAAGUGCAUCUUGAGCGCAAGCCUGAUCCCGGAUACUAUGUUGAGAAGAGAAUUGAAGACCAAUUGCGUGAUCUUCGCCGGUAA